AUGGUUCGGGUUAUACAAUCCGAUCAAACUGUUUCGUGGUGGGGAUCGUGGUUUCAAAGCUCCAAAGCACCACCGAUCGCACCACGGGUCUCAACUAGUGAUGACGUGGAGUUUCUACGUAGACAAAUUAGGAGUCUCGAACGGAUUAUCCGUGAAAGUAUUCAUUACACCACUCAGCGUGAAGAUCCAGAUAUUUCAGUGGCAAGGCAGACAAUAGAACAGUUGAAACAGGAAAUAAAUGACGAAAGAGAGCGAACGGAGCGACUUAAGGUCGACCUCGGAGUCGAAAGAGAAACACAUAAGGAUACUAGGCAAAUUAUCGCCGAGCUAAGAACUGAAGCCGCCGCUGAGAAGCAAAACUUGGCUGAAUUGAGAAAUGAGAAUAAGAACCUUCAACGAGAAAUUGACGAUCUCAGAAGAAAGGAACGAGGUGAAAAGAGAAGAAGUGCAAAUAACGAUGACAAUGACGACGAACGCAACAGUCCCAGGGCGAAAUCUUCGACAGACUUGAUUCAUGUGAAUCUUGAAGGUCGAGAAUUACCAGCAAUUGUGCUCACCGAAGAGUUGACAGAACGUUGGAACGAUGUACUACAAAAACAUUGGGAAUAUACGACAUGGGUGAAUAAGCUUGUGACUUUGAAGGAGAAAGAUGAAGAUCUACGGACCGAGAUAUGGCAGUCGGCUUUCGGCCCAGAAAAGGCCGCGAAUCUUCUCGAAGAAAACCUGGCAAUAGUAGAUGCCAUCAAGUCUCGGCGCGAUACACUUCUUGUGUCAAUGCAAUCUAACACAGAGUAUUUAUUCGAAGACAUGCGGAAAAAUUUGAGGAAAUAUGACCUUUAUCAAGAAGGAGACCUGUUCUGGAGAAGAGUAACGGGUUCAUUCGGCGAGACAGAUACAUGGCUGGAUCCACCGAUACUGGGCAACGAGGAAGCAUUGAUUGUAUUAAAAGACUGGAAUAGAACAUGGAGACAAGCGACUGAGGGGUACACUGAGAGCCCAUCUGAGGCAGAUUAA